AUGCCCAAAAGAGCAGGAGAAAUGCAUGCAAUCCAUUGUUUAUAUAUCUUCUUGUUCAUCUUGGUAUUUAGUUCUUCAAAUGGGACGUCCAACGCACUGGAUGAUGCUUUGGAGAAACGCCAACUUGACUGCAAGCUCAGUUUAGGUGUUGUUGUAGAUUACACCUCCCUUGCCGGAAAAAAGGAGAAAUUAGCACUGGAGAUGGCGCUUAAGGAUUUUUAUGGCCGGAGGACGAGUCUCCGGCUUAACGUGACUCUACAUGUGAGAAACUCUCGAGGAGACCCCAUCGGAGCAGCCUCUUCUGUGGUUGCCUGUUGGGUGUUGGUAUUUAGGGGUGCUACUGGGUUUUCCAAAAGGAUGGGCUUUGUGGUGGUUGAAGUUUGUAGAAUGCAAAGAACGCAAAUGGUUGCUCCCAUAUUGCCUCAAGCUUCGUGUGUUCAUCCUGCUAAGACCCUUAUUAAGAAGCAUCAUGCAAGGGCAAUCAUAGGCUUUAGAGCAUGGCAGGAGGCAGUCUUUGUUGCUCAGCUUGGCAAUGAAUCCCAAGUCCCUAUUGUAUCACUGUCAAAUGAGGUCCCACCUUGGGCCUUUUCCCAAUGGCCAUUCCUGGGUAGUGCAGCUCGCAACGUACAUGCUCAGAUGAAAGCUGUAGCAGCUAUAAUUCAGAGUUGGCAAUGGCGACAAGUUAACAUCAUCUAUGAAGACUUCAACCCAGUUGCCAGUGGCAUAAAUCCCAACAUCAUCACCGCUAUACAAGAAGUCGAUGCAAAGAUUAAUGAACUUGUGGCUUUCUCCCCUUUUUCUCCUUACGCUUAUAUAUCUAAAAAGUUGGAGAGCCUAAAAAAUGGACAAUGUAGAGUUUUCAUUGUUCACACUUCCAUUACAUUAGCUACUAAAAUCUUCAAGGAAGCUAAUGAGAUGGGAAUGAUGGGGAAGGACUUUGUGUGGAUCACCACCAAUGACAUUACAAGUCAAAUAGAUUCACUUAAUGCGUCAUCCAUUACCUCGAUUCAAGGUGUCUUGGGAGUCAAGAGCUACUUUUCUACCUCUAAUAAAGGCUCAAAAGAUUUCCAAUCUCGAUUUGAGGAUAUGUUUCGUUCGCAAUAUCCUAAUGGGCUACUUCCAAAGCCAGGAGCUUCUACUUUGCAGGCCUAUGAUGCUGCAUGGGCAGUGGCUCUUGCCCAUGCAGCAUAUUUAAAAAGUAGUGGUUGUGUGGAUAAAUGGAAUGGACAAGAGUUGUUAGAAAAAUUAUUGAAAACCAAAUUUGAGGGCUUGACUGGUUUAUUCAGUUUUAGUACUGAGUGGAAAUUGGCUCCAAUUCACAUUUUUCAAAUAGUUAAUGUUGCCGGAAAAAGUUACAGGAAACUUGGGUACUGGACGGAGGGAUUGGGCUUCUCAAAGAGCAUCCAUAAGCCAAGCAUUUACAAUAAGUCAAUGAACCUUCUAGGACAAGUGAUUUGGCCAGGCAGCCCCUGGUCAAUGCCAAAAGGAUGGGCAAUACCAACUAAUCAUUCACAUCGACUGAAAAUAGGAGUACCCACGGGGAGCACAUUUAGAGAAUUUGUGAAUGUGACAAAUGAUCAUCAUGGGGGCAACCCAAUCAUCAAUGGAUUUUCCAUCGAAGUCUUCAAAUCCACAUUAGCACUUCUUCCAUAUCACUUGCCAUAUGAUUUUAUACCAUUUGACGGCACCUAUGAUUCUUUGGUGGAACAAGUCCACAUUAAGCAUUUUGAUGCAGUUGUUGGAGAUAUAGCUAUAGUUUCCAAUCGUUGUGAAGAUGCAGAAUUUUCGCAACCAUAUGCUGAGUCGGGUCUCCAGCGGAAUCACCACCCAAAUUUUAGAGGCAGUGUACGGAACCAAAUUGGAACCAUGCUUUCCUUAUCCUUCACAACAUUGUUCUCACUACAUGGAGAGAAAUUACACAGCAAUUUGUCACGGAUGGCUAUGGCAGUAUGGCUAUUUGUUGCAUUAGUCAUCACGCAAAGUUUCACUGCCAGUCUAACAUCAUUGCUUACCGUUCAAAGAAUUGAUCCAAAAAAGGUCGACGUCGAGACACUUAUAAAGAGUGGAGCCAAAGUUGGGUGUGAUGCGAAUUCCUUUGUUGUGAAAUAUUUGGAGGUGGUCGUAGGUUUUGAUCCAAACAACAUAAAGAGAAUGCGAACAGAAGAUGAUUAUCCACAGGCUCUCAUGUCGGGAGAGAUAGCAGCAGCCUUUGUUGAGGUCCCAUAUGUUAAAAUGUAUCUUGCUAAAUAUUGUGAUGGUUUCACCACUUCGGGACCAACAUUCAAAGUUGGAGGCUUCGGAUUUGCUUUUGCGAGGAGUUCUCCUUAUCUACCUGAUAUUUCCAAAGCAGUUCUUAAAGUGUCUGAAAGUGGAAAAUUGCAAGAGCUUGAGUGCUCUUUAAACUCAUCCUUCAAUUGCUCCACCGCUCAGCUUGUUUAUAAUCAUGAUAGUCUUGGAAUAAAUAGUUUUUGGGGCCUCUUUGUCAUCACCGGAGGAACAUCCACCAUUGCUCUUUUGAUAUUCAUCUUCCAUUAUGUUUGGGAAAGAUGGUAUCAACCUUCUUGCGAUGAACAACAACAUCAUAAUCCUGCUAACGAUGAGUUAUUAAUGUUUCGUCCUGAAAUGGAAAACCAAUAUCAACCAUAUUUGUAA